AUGAAGCCAAGUAAAAAUCAGCUAAGAAGGGCCCGAAAGAAGGCAUUAAAGUCCCAGGGCAGCGAGCCAGGGGCCAGUGCUUCUGAUACACAACAUGAAGAUGUUCCACUGCCGCCCCCCGAGGCAAACGGUUUUGACACACUACACAUCAUCCCACUUGACCCCGAAGACCCUCUAUGGCAAAUGUACAGGGACAUAGCCACCAAGUUUGACGAGGUCGAGGACACGAAGCCGGAAGUUGAGCCGCCUAAGCCUGAGGUCUAUUUCGACGACGACGCCGACAUUCCCGAUGAAGUGGAGGACAAAGCUCCCACUCUGUCAAAACGGAAACGCAAGGAACUAAACAAGCUUUCUGUUGCUGAGCUAAAAGCCAUGGUCCGGAAGCCCGAGUUGGUGGAGUGGACAGAUACCUCAGCUCCGGAUCCGCGGCUUCUGGUCCAUAUAAAGGCGCAUCGAAAUGUUGUCCCCGUGCCGUCUCACUGGUCUUUGAAGCGGGAAUAUCUAUCAUCCAAAAGAGGCAUCGAGAAGGCGCCUUUCUCGUUACCCAAAUUUAUCCAAGAGACAGGAAUAUCUGAAAUGCGCGAUGCUGCACUAGAAAAGCAAGAACAAGCAACACUCAAGCAAAAGCAAAGGGAGCGGGUACAGCCCAAAAUGGGACGACUAGAUAUUGACUAUCAGAAGUUAUAUGAGGCUUUUUUUCGCUUCCAGACCAAGCCGGAGUUGACUCGGUACGGCGAAGUCUAUUAUGAGGGGAAGGAAUUUGAGACAAAUCAGCGACAUUUACGCCCCGGGGAACUAAGCUCAGAGCUGAAGGAGGCUCUUAAUAUGCCCGCCGGUGCCCCCCCACCUUGGCUGAUAAACCAACAACGAUAUGGGCCCCCUCCUUCCUAUCCAGCCUUAAAGAUACCGGGUCUUAAUGCCCCCCCACCCCCGGGAGCUAUGUGGGGUUAUCAUCCUGGCGGAUAUGGGAAGCCGCCAGUCGAUGAACACAAUCGACCCCUAUAUGGAGGCGACAUUUUUGGUGUGCUGCAACCCCAGCAAACCAUGCAACAGGGUGAACCUGUUGAAAGAGAUCUCUGGGGGGAAUUGCAAGAACCCGAGUUAUCUGACGAGGAGAGCGAAGACGAAGAGGAAGAAAUAGAUGAAGAGGAUAUAGACACGGGAUUACAAACACCCAGCGGGCUGGAAAGCCCAAGUGGUCUGGUGUCCGCCGUCCCAUCAGAGCUGACAGGUAUUGGUAACGUAUCCGGAGAGUUCGAUGUGCGCAAGCACUAUCAUGGGACACAGACCGAGGAGUCAGUCGGCCAUCGAAGUGCGUUUCAUGUUAUUCCCGAGAAGCAAACUCAGGUGCAUGGGUUUUUUGGUGGUGAUAGGGCGUAUGAUCUGCGUCCAACUCCGGAUAGCUUGCCUGUGCUUGGGGCAGACGACCAGACUCGAAAGCGCAAGAACCCAGGAGAUGUUGAUGUUUCCGUGGACCCGGAUGACAUGCAAAGUGGCGAUGGAAUCGGCAAAGACAAUCUCCAAAGACUCUACGAAUCACAGAGACAGCAGGAAAACAACCCGAAUUGGGAGUUCCAGGAAGAUCUUAGCGAUAUGAUUGCCCAUGAGAGCAGGAAGAGAUUGAAACAGGAAAGGCGAAACAAACACUGA